CUGACACACACAAACGACGCAUCCUACUCUCUCUCUCUCUGCUUCGAUUUCUCUCUCCUCUUCGAUCCCAAAUCUAUUAGGGAAUUUUUUCCGAUGCGAUUUUGAGCUAACAGAUCCACGACAAGGUUUCAUUUCCCAGAUUCUUUUGUAAAAUUUUUUCCCUGGCCAACAGUGCAGGAAAGUUGAAAAAAAAAUGGACCAUGACAAGACUGGAUGCCAAGCACCUCCUGAAGGUCCUAUAUUGUGCAUUAACAACUGUGGAUUUUUUGGAAGUGCAGCUACCAUGAACAUGUGUUCUAAAUGCCACAAAGACAUGAUGCUGAAACAGGAGCAGGCCAAGCUUGCAGCAUCAUCCAUUGGGAAUAUUAUGAACGGGUCAUCAAGCAGCACUGAAAAUGAACCUGUUGUUGCUGCUAAUGUUGAUAUCCCAGUUAUUUCAGUAGAGCCUAAAAUUGUCUCUCUGCAGCCAUUAUUUGCUUCAGGUUCAGAGGAGAGUGCUGAACCAAAGCCAAAGGAUGGUCCAAAACGUUGCAGCAGCUGCAACAAGCGAGUUGGUUUAACAGGGUUUAAUUGUCGAUGUGGCAACCUUUUCUGUGCUGUUCAUCGCUACUCAGACAAGCAUAAUUGCCCAUUUGAUUACCGCACUGCUGCUAGGGAUGCCAUAGCUAAAGCAAACCCAGUUGUCAAGGCUGAGAAGCUUGAUAAGAUAUAAAGAUUUGGCAUCGAAGUUUCAUGCACCAAGUCGAAGUUAUGCUCAAUUUCAUCAUGAUAUGACUCAAGUUUCCUGCACGUUAUUGGUGUUGUUAUUAUAUUGUUAUAUGUGAUGGGGAACUUGGAGUUAUAGGACAUCUCUGCAAUUUGAAGGACUCUUGCAUGUGAUUGGCGAAAAUAUAUGUUGGCCCCAGUGUUUAAGUUUUUAAAUCUGUGCUGGUUUGGUGGAAGUUGGUGUUGUUAGCUUUGUAAUGCAUCUAUUCUGUUUCAGAAUGGUAUGUGCAAUUUACAGAUGGUUUCAAGAGCAUCCGUGGACGUGGUUAGAUUGUAAUUAUUGUGGGCUAUCUAUGAAUUAUUUUCGAUAACAGCAGUAUCUUGGUAACUUUGACCCUCU